AUGAGCGGCGUGCAGUGCUACCUGCUCGCGAAAGACGGCGGCGCGGGUCACUCUGGCGAGUACCAGACGCCCCUUAGCGGGGAUGUCAAGGAGCAGCGCGCCAUGUCGCCGUAUUUCCCGCUCAGCUGGCUCGGUGGGAUGUGCGACGGAGGCCGCGCCACAGAAACGCCUGGCGUGUCCGCCGCCGGUGGUAAUGAUUCUGCAGGCGCCCUGCCGCUUGCAACAUCAUCAGCGCGGCGUCUUGGGAAACCAGCACGGGCGGCGUCUGCUGUGCUUCGGCGGAGGGCGGAGCGACCGCCGCCACUGACCCAGCAAGGCCUGCUCAACGCGUCUUUCUGCCUCGUUUCCGACCGUAGAUUGCACAUCAACAUCAAGCUCCGCGAAUCUCCACCGCAGGCUGCUGGUGGUGACCUGGCGGAGGCGUCCGGUGAUGUGGCGUAUGCUGCGGCCCCGACAUCCAACCCUGCUUUCGCCCAGAUGUCAACAGCAGCUGCUGCCGAUGCUGCUGCUGCUGCCAGGAAAGAAGCUGAGAAGAGAGCAACUGCAGCUGUUGUGAGGGCUGCUCUUGCAAGCACUAGUGAUGAAGUGAGUGGUGUAGUGGAAGGAGGAGAGGGCGAGAGGGAGGGAGCACAGGCAGCUAUCAGGGAAAUUGGGUUUGUGUGGGUGGCUGAUGGGCUGCAUUCACUUCGCAUGGCAGUAACACCCAGGGUAACUGCUGAGAACAGCAGGAAUAUCGCAGAUACUGCCGAUAGUUUGUUGUCCCUUCUGGAGCUGGAUGGCGUGCCGCUGUCGCCUCCAAAGGCAGUGGGCGAUCGGGUGACUGGAUCAGGAGGGCUGGUACUUAGCAAAGUGGCAGAGGAGAGCGAGUGGCCUGUGAACAUGGUGAAGUAUAGAGUGGAGAUUGAGGGGUUGAUGAUGGUGGAGGUGCGGGCAAGUAUUGUGCGGGGCGAAGGGGAUGCAGCAGCUGCUGCGGUCUCGUCGCCAGCCACUGGCCUCCGCGUGUUCCGGCUCGCUGACCUGGCAGAGGAUGACGUGGCGCAGCUACUCACCAGGCCACGCAUAGACUUCUCCUCCAUCUUCAGUACGGUGGGGCCAAUAGUGGAGGAUGUGAGGCAACGGGGCGACGAGGCUGUUAAAGAGUACACGGAGAGGUUUGACCGAGUCAAACUGGAUGACGUGGUGGUCAGAGUGGCAGAGCUGCCUGACCCUGAGCUGCCUGCUGACGUGGCAGCAGCGUUUGACGUGGCGUUCAACAACAUCCACAAGUUCCACCUGGCACAGAUGCCGUCCAGCUCGUUCCAAGUGGAGACCAUGCCGGGCGUGGUGUGUGGACGGGUGGCAAGGCCCAUAGAGCGGGUGGGGCUGUAUGUGCCUGGGGGUACUGCUGUGCUACCCUCCACUGCUCUCAUGCUCGCCGUGCCAGCAGGCAUAGCAGGCUGCACCACUGUGGUGGUCGCCACUCCUCCCCGCCUGGAUGGUUCAAUCUGCCCGGAGGUGCUCUACUGCUGCAAGAAGGCAGGGGCCACCCACAUUCUCAAGGCGGGAGGGGCCCAGGCUGUUGCGGCCAUGGCAUGGGGCACAGCCACCUGCCCCAAGGUGGACAAGAUCUUUGGUCCCGGCAACCAGUACGUGACAGCAGCCAAGAUGGCGCUGCAGACGAGUGAGGCCAUGGUCUCAAUCGACAUGCCUGCUGGGCCUUCCGAGGUCCUUGUGAUUGCCGACGAGACUGCCAGUCCUGCCCACGUCGCUGCUGACCUGCUCUCCCAGGCGGAGCAUGGGCCAGACAGUCAGGUGGUGCUGGUGGCGGUGGGCGAGGGGGUGAAUCUGGCAGCCAUCGAAGCAGAGGUGGAGCGCCAAAGGGGAGAGCUGCCCCGAGGGGACGUUGCUGCCAAAGCUCUGAGCCACUCUUAUGUGGUGGUAGCGGCUGACAUCAACGAGGCGUGUCACUUCUCCAACCGCUAUGCCCCCGAGCAUCUCAUCAUCAACGCAGCACAGGCUGUGGACUGCCUGCCCCUCAUCCGCAACGCUGGCUCUGUCUUCCUGGGUCCAUGGACCCCUGAGAGUGUGGGAGACUACGCCAGUGGCACCAACCACGUGCUGCCCACCUACGGCUACGCGCGCAUGUAUGGCGGUGUCUCACUCGACGCCUUCUUCAAGCACAUCACCGUACAGUCACUCUCUGCCUCGGGCCUGCAGCUUCUCGGCCCUUCUGUCGCCAAGAUGGCCGAGGUUGAGGGACUCGAGGCGCACAGGCGUGCGGUUACCCUACGGCUAGCAGACAUCGAGGCUGCUUCCCAGUAA